AUGCCGCCGCGAGCGAAGAAGGCUGGACCGGUGGAGGUGGCAGAACCUUAUGCAAAGAGUUCGGCAAAAGCAGCUAAAACCCCUCCAGCACGGCGGGUCAAGGGGAAGGACCAAGCUACGGACGAAGUAGAUGAAGCUGCUGCAAACGGCCAAAAUGCAUCAUCGACCAGAACGCCAAACGCCACAGGUGGGCAGAAGUCACAAGCAAAGCGACAUGCAGUCAAGGAUGAUAUGGACGAACUUCUGAAGCCUUUCUACUACACCAAGCAUCUCACAGAUCCCAUCAACACUGCCCGUGAUAAGUGGAAUCUUCUCCCUGCAUUCCUGCGAGUCAAGGGUCUGGUCAAGCAGCACAUCGACUCAUUCGACUACUUCACGGAUACGGCGCUCAAGGACAUCGUUCGUGCAAAUGCUCUGGUCCGAUCGGACACAUCUCGAGACAAGUUCAUCAUGUUCACAGAUAUCCGGAUCGGUAAGCCUAAUCGACUCGAAGAUCGCACGACCGGCUACGUCGAGUCUGGUGUUACGCCGAAUGAGUGUCGACUGCGCGACAUCACGUACGCUGCUCCUAUCUACGUCGAUAUAGUCUACCCAAAACAGUCUGGCAAGUACACGAAGAAGGACAUCCAGAUCGGGCGGAUGCCAAUGAUGCUUCGAAGUGGCAAAUGUGUUUUGAAAGGCAAAACGGAAAAGGAGAUGAGCUUACUGAAUGAAUGCUCCGUCGACCCUGGUGGCUAUUUCAUUGUUCGUGGACAGGAGAAGGUUAUCCUAGUUCAGGAGCAGUUGAGCAAGAACCGUGUGAUUGUCGAGGUCGCCAAGGGCAUCUACCAAGCGUCGGUCACCUCUCAUACUGCCAACGUCAAGACCAAGACAUAUGUGCUGCUUAAGAAAGGCUUGCUCUAUCUGAGACACAACUCAUUGAACGAAGAUAUCCCAGUGGCGAUCGUUCUACGGGCAAUGGGCGUGCAAUCUGAUCACGAAGUCCUUCUCCUCGCUGCUGGCAACGAUGCACAGUAUCAGGACAUUUUCGCCCCAAACUUGGAGCAGGGAGCGCUCGAAGGUAUCUUCACGCAGGAACAAGCGCUGGACUACAUUGCCACGAAGUUGAAGCCUGACCGCUUUCCUUCUGCUGGAAGGGCAAUGAGGUCGCCGAAGCAGCAAGCACUCGACAAGUUGGCCGGCACUAUCAUCCCUCACGUCGAGGUCCAGGGCAUGAAUUUUCGGCCGAAAGCGCUGUACAUUGCUUUCAUGACUCGGAGAGUCAUCCAAGCCAUGCAAGACCCCAAGCUCGUUGAUGACCGUGAUUAUGUUGGCAACAAGCGUCUUGAGCUGGCUGGCCAGAUGCUUUCACUACUCUUUGAAGAUUUGUUCAAGGAGUUUGUGAAGAUGAUCAAGACCAGCAUGGACAAGAUUCUGAAGAAACCAAAUCCCACUCAAGAGUUCGAUCCUUCCACUCUCAUCGGACAGUUCGAAGGUCGCAUAACAAGCGGCAUGGAACGAGCGAUUUCGACUGGUAAUUGGACACUGAAGCGCUUUCGUAUGGACCGGGCUGGUGUCACCCACGUCCUUUCUCGAUUAAGCUACAUCAGCGCUCUUGGUAUGAUGACUCGAAUCACGUCACAGUUCGAGAAGACGAGAAAGGUCUCUGGACCGCGUGCGCUGCAACCAUCACAGUUCGGCAUGAUCUGCACGUCCGACACUCCUGAAGGCGAAGCUUGUGGACUGGUCAAGAACUUGGCGCUCAUGACACACAUCACGACAGCUGACAACGAAGAGGCUGUCAGACGCAUGAUCUUCAUCUUGGGCGCCGAGGAUGUCACAGCAGCGAGUGGUGCAGAAGUCUACGCUGAAGGCGCAUAUAUUAUCUUCAUCAACGGCACACCUCUUGCACUCACGCGACAGCCAAAGCAGUUCUUGAUCGCCUUCCGCCGUUUCAGACGUAUGGGUCGGAUUUCCGAGUUCGUAAGCAUCUACAUCAAUCAUCACCAUAAUGGUGUGCAUAUCGCCACGGACGAAGGUCGGAUAUGUCGGCCGCUGAUCGUCGUCGAGAAGGCGAAAUCAAAGGUCACAGUCCGCUUUCUUGACUCGAUACGGAAAGGCACAAUGGACUUCGAUGAUGCACUCUCGCGCGGCAUUGUUGAGUAUCUGGAUGUCAAUGAAGAGAACGACUCGAACAUAGCGAUCUAUGAAGAUGCCAUCACACAACACACGACACACUUGGAGAUCGAGCCGUUCACCAUCCUUGGUGCCGUGGCUGGUCUUAUCCCUUACCCUCACCACAACCAGUCGCCAAGAAACACUUAUCAAUGCGCUAUGGGUAAGCAAGCUAUCGGCGCUAUUGCUUACAACCAAUUCACACGUAUCGACACUCUCCUCUACCUCAUGGUGUAUCCGCAGAAGCCGAUGGUCAGUACACGAACAAUCGAGCUUGUCAAGUACGAUAAACUUCCUGCAGGGCAGAACGCCAUCGUGGCGGUCAUGUCAUAUUCCGGCUACGAUAUCGAAGACGCUCUUGUGCUAAACAAAGCUUCAUGUGAUCGAGGCUUCGGUAGAUGUCAAGUGUUCAAGAAGAUCAGCAUGCCACUCAAGGGUUACCAGAACGGCGCAGCAGAUAGGCUCGCUGAUCGUGAUCCCACUAAUGUCAAGCACAAAAAGAUCGGUAUGGAUGGUCUCGUCGAGGUAGGCUCACAGAUUGAGGCUGGGGACAGCUACAUGCUAAAAGAAACACCCAUGCUGCAAACGACACAGAAUGCAGGUCAGCCACAGAGGUGGGCAGCGCAGCAUAUGACGUACAAGCUGCCAGACUCUUGUUAUGCCGACAAAGUCCUCAUCACGACGAACGAAGGUAAUUCCACGAUCGUCAAGAUCCAGACACGGCAGACGCGCAGACCCGAGAUCGGUGACAAGUUCUCUUCCCGCCACGGGCAGAAAGGUGUGGUCGGCAUCAUCGCCGAGCAAGCAGAUAUGCCUUUCUCCGACAAGGGCGUUACGCCGGACAUCAUCAUGAAUCCUCACGGUUUCCCAUCACGUAUGACGGUAGGCAAGAUGCUUGAGCUUAUCUCUGGUAAAGCUGGUGUGUUGGAAGGCAAGCAGGAGUACGGCACAGCUUUUGGCGGCAGCAAAGUCGAGGAGAUGGGUGCGGCUUUGGUCAGGAACGGCUUCAGCUAUUCUGGCAAGGACUUCGUGACUUCUGGCAUUACCGGCGAAAGCUUACCGGCUUACGUCUUCUUCGGCCCGAUCUACUACCAGAAGCUCAAGCACAUGGUUCAAGACAAAAUGCACGCCCGUGCUACUGGUCCGCGUGCCAUCCUGACCCGCCAGCCCACGGAAGGUCGUUCUCGACAGGGUGGUCUACGACUGGGAGAGAUGGAGCGCGAUUGCUUGAUCGCUUAUGGAGCCUCGCAGCUGCUUCUUGAGCGACUCAUGCUGAGUUCUGAUGCACACGAAGUGGAUGUCUGCGAGACUUGUGGUAUGAUGGGCUACAACAAUUGGUGCCAAAGCUGCCGAUCUAGUGGUGGAGUGGUCAAGAUGACAAUGCCGUAUGCGGCCAAGUUGUUGAUACAGGAAUUGAUGAGCAUGAAUGUAAAGGCGAGCCUGCAGCUAGAGGAUGAGUUUCCAAGAGAUCAGGCGCAGUAG